AAGAGGCGAGGCGGUCCUCAGCCGGAGCCCAGGUAAUCCGGGUGGGAGCGGGGCGAGCCACGCGUCGCAGCAUGAUGGCGUCAAGGACGCGCCCGGCGUGACGUGCUUGGCGUGCGCAGCUGCACUCCGGCGUUUUGGUUCCAGCUCGUGAGCUGAGCGUCAGGCGGGUUGUGCUGUUGGCCGGGAUGUUACAGGCUGUUGGAGCUGUGGAUGAGGAAGAGGAGCAAGCGGAGGAGGAUUGUCCUGAAUUGGUCCCGAUUGAGACGAAGCAAAGAGAGGAGGAGGAAAAGCCUGGCCCCGGCGCUAAGAUCCCAGUCACAAUUAUCACCGGGUAUUUAGGUGCUGGGAAGACAACACUUCUGAACUAUAUUCUGACAGAGCAACAUAGUAAAAGAAUAGCAGUUAUUUUAAACGAAUUUGGGGAAGGAAGUGCAGUGGAGAAAUCCUUAGCUGUCAGCCAAGGUGGAGAGCUCUAUGAAGAAUGGCUAGAACUUAGAAACGGUUGCCUCUGCUGUUCAGUAAAGGACAGUGGCCUUAGAGCUAUUGAGAAUUUGAUGCAGAAGAAGGGGAAAUUUGAUUACAUACUGCUAGAGACCACUGGGUUAGCUGAUCCUGGUGCUGUAGCUUCUAUGUUUUGGGUUGAUGCUGCAUUAGGAGUUGAUAUUUAUCUUGAUGGUAUCAUCACUGUUGUGGAUUCAAAAUAUGGAUUAAAACAUUUAGCAGAAGAAAAACCUGAUGGCCUUAUCAAUGAAGCUUCUAGGCAAGUUGCUUUGGCAGAUAUCAUCAUCAUCAAUAAAACAGACUUGGUUUCAGAAGAGGAUUUAAACAAAUUAAGAACAACUAUUAGAUCAAUAAAUGGACUGGGAAAAAUUUUAGAAACACAAAGAUCAAGAGUUGAUCUCUCUAAUGUAUUGGAUCUUCAUGCCUUUGACGGUCUCUCUGGAAUAAGUUUGCAGAAAAAACUUCAACAUUUGCCGACAACACAACCUCACCUUGAUCAGAAUAUUGUUACAGUCACAUUUGAAGUACCAGGAAGUGCAAAGGAAGAAAGUCUGAAUGUAUUCAUUCAGAAUCUUCUAUGGGAAAAGAAUGUGAGAAACAAGGAGGAUGACUGCAUGGAGGUCCUACGACUGAAGGGGCUGGUGUCAAUCAAAGAUAAACCACAACAAGUGAUUGUCCAGGGUGUCCAUGAGCUCUAUGAUCUGGAGGAGACUCCAGUGAGCUGGAAAGAUGACACCGAGAGAACAAAUCGAUUGGUUCUUAUUGGCAGGAAUUUAGAUAAGGAUAUCCUUAAACAACUAUUUAUAGCAACUGUGACAGAAACAGAAAAGCAGUGGACAACACAUUACAAAGAAGAUCAAGUUUGUCCGUAACACUAGAAGCAUUUCUUAUCAAAAGGAUUGGAUGAUAAAAUAGGGAAUAAGUUUCCUACUGGGUGUAUUUCAGGCAUCUUUGUUGGCAUUACUUCUGUUAUAAAUUGCAAUGUACUUUAAAAUAGUAUUUAUUUUAUAUAAUACAGAAGAUAUAGUAAAUCAGUAUUGUAAAAAUUUGAUAUUCAUUCAAUAAACUAUAAUAUCCUCUGAAGUGUUUUUUUUUUGUAGACAGAUGUUUUACAAAAAUAUCUUUUAGAAUUAGCUUUAGAGUUUUGCAUAUGCUGAAUCUCUCACCCAUGGAAGUUAUUUAAUAAUAAUGAUAAAACUUACUUCAACAUUGUCAUUUUCCCUUAGAACUUCAGCUCAUUGCAUACAUAUAAUAAUUUUAUUAUUAUCAAGAAUUAAAAAAAAAUAAUGUCACCAUUUUUAUCAAAUGAAAUAAGAGGUUUGCUGUGGCUAGAAGCUUAUAAGUGGAAGAAAUCUGAGUCAAAGAAAUUAAAUGAAACCAUCUCUUAUUCUUAGUGAAUUCUAAGCCUUACUGGUAGUCAGUGUAAUAAAACUUCAGCCAUUCACUUUAUGUUUAGAAGAUUCCACUUUUAGAUCUUUUAAGUUCGUUUUGUUUUUUUUGAACUACUUCAAUUUUCAAUGUAAGCUAAAAAGUAACAAAGUACAAAACUUCAGAUAUAACUACAGAUAACUUUUGAUAAUUUAACAAUCUUUGUAUAAAUGGUUGGUCUGUAAGUACACAAUGGCUUACUUUUCUCCUAUUCCUACUAAAGGCCAGAUCAGCAUAACUAUAUUCAAAUUGUAAGAGAAAAGCAUUAGAUGGGAUUUAAAGAAGAGCUUUCCUAAACUAAUGGUUGUUAAAUAUCAGAAGGCUAUCAAAAUGGCUUUUGGAAUUUUUUUAAAGAAUUUUAAAUAAAAGAGUUACAUCCGUGUAUCUUGAGUGGUUCUAGUGGUUGGAGGCAGGUUAAUUAU